AUGCCCUCCGAUAAGGAUCGCCUGUACAUCGCCCUGUAUGCCCGUGGCGGCGCACCAAAGAUGGCGGGUCUUGAAGACACAUACCAUUGGGCAUUCAUCGUCGGGCCCAAAACAGAGUCCGUCAACAGUCAUGGGAGACGGUUUCAUGCCAAAGAGACCAUGACUUUCGAGGGCACUCCCCCCACGCCAAAGUCGCGCUGGGUAUAUGAGAACCGUGAAACGUCCCUGGCGCCUACAUCCAUGCUUCUAAUCCGCGUCGUCAUCGCCAAGGUCAAGGAUAAAAGCCGACUUCAAUCCAUUUUCGAGGAUACGCCGCUUCGGCCAGAGGUUGAAGGCUGGAACUGCGUCGGAUGGGCGAAGGAGAGUUUCGAGACAGCGUUAAGAGACGGCAAUGCUCUCGGCACAUCCGCUGACAACUGGAAGUUAGUACGGGACACAGUUAUGUGGUAUAUUGAAAAGAAGAAGGCUGAGCAUCGAUUUGAUGGUACUUCGGACUAUGACCCUACUAAAGCACCGACCUGGGACAUGCUGGAUAACAGAGAACUAUCACCAUAG